AAUCAGCUUUCAUCGCAACUUUCACUAGUGAUGAGUUUCAACCAUCGCUAUGAUUGCCACCUUUUCCAUGCAGACGAUCCUGGUCAGCCACGAGCACUGGCAUGCAUUACUUGUGAAACAGCAGUUAUGUCUGAUCAGAAAGGCACCACGUAGGGCUGAGAGCUGUACUGUGUUUAAACGACUCAGAUCGUUUCCGUCACAGGACCUGUCAGACGAGUCUCCCAUGGGGCGCCUUCUAAUGCGACCAAGUGAGUUCCCUCCCCUAUGCUUCCGAAGGAGAAUCUCCUUGCUUCUGAUAGGUAGCUUAUGGGGCAGACGUCAAAGUUAUGGCCGAAUCAUCUACGACCGCCCCUCCUGUUUCGAUAUCGCAGCUGUUGGGCGGAGAGGUGGUGACGAUUUGUUUUGCUCUGAUUUUGUACGGGGUGACCACUGCCCAAGCAUAGUCUACUUGCUUACUUGCAAGAAAGACCCAGGGUGGAUGAAAUGGCUCGCAGGUUUGGUUUGGUUUUUUGAGACUGCACACACUGCAUUCGCGCUUCGACAACUGUACUACUUGGUCAUUGUAAGCUUCGGUGAUGUUGACUCUCUAGCCAGAAUUGAUUGGAGCAUGGCUCCCGUGGCGUUUACAGAGAUGUUGAUUGUUGCGCUGGUCGAAGGGUACUACAUAUACCGUAUCUGGGUCUUGAGUAAUAGGUCCAGAAUAUUUACGGCGUUUCUGGCUGUCUUGCUUCUUAUCCGAGUCGGCUUCACUCUGAGCACAGGCAUCUACACACUGACAAUGGGAACCUGGCCCAGAUUCCAGACAACCUUCGCUCCGUCUUUCUCUGUCCUGAUGAUGAAUGGGUUUUCUGCUUCAGCUGGGUUUCAACGAAUAGAUGGUGUCCUUCGGUGGAUCAUGGCCUACACUGUGAAUACUGGUGUCAUCAGCAUGGUUGGGUCUGUGGCUAUUGCGAUCACGUAUUCAACGCUAAAGAACAAUCUUAUCUUCGGAGGGCUGGCGAUCCUGACAAGCAAACUCUACGCGAAUGCUUUGCACGGCAUGCUAAAUGCCAGGCGUCUCAUGCAGAAACGCUUGAUGGCUAGCGUAGAGCCAAGUCGGGGAAACAGGUUCAGCACCAUGUAUGCCAGUGAACAUGUUCAAGCGAGCCAGAUUUUACAGAAGGAGUCGGGAAGAAGGAUUCCAAGCUAUAUGAUCGUGUCUAGCGAUAGAGAGCAAGAAUUUCUGGAGUUAUCAUCUUCGAAUGGAGGGAUUCCUAGACGUAAUGACUCUUUAUCUGUCAAAGUUGAGGUCCAACGAAGGGUUGAAGUCGACUGAGGAGAUGGACAUGUCUUUGAAUCAGUGAUUUCGUCUGAAUGGAUCUACUCGAUAUACACAGACAAUUUCAUAUGGACGGUCGUGUAAUAUUUUUCAGU